CCGGGAUCUGUGGACCGCCGACCGCGUCCCUCGCGUCGACGGAUUACGUGACGACGGUAUGCUACCCCGCGGGAUCGCAGCUCACCCUGACCGCCACUCACCCUCAGCCCCACGUCGUUGAUCCCGUCGCGAUGACGCCCACCUCGGCGCCGAUGCCGACCCCGACGUCGGCGUCGGGCCCCAACAACCCCGUCGCCAUGAGCCAGCUGGGGACCGUCUACGCCACCAAGAGACGGCGUCGGAACGGAAAGAGCUUGAAACCACCGCAGAAGGAUGGGGUGACGAAGUCGAAUCCCAGCAAACGGCAUCGGGAGCGAUUGAACGCCGAGCUGGACACGCUGGCGUCAUUGCUUCCUUUUGAGCAAAAUAUCCUCAGCAAGCUGGAUCGACUCAGCAUCCUCAGACUCAGCGUAAGCUACCUCCGCACCAAGAGCUACUUUCAAAAGGUGAUGUGCAAGGACAAGGAAGAGAACUUGCACCACGACUCGCACUACAGGGCGAGGGAGCUGGCGGCGCUCGCUGCUUACGACCAUCAUCACCUCGACGGCGAAAUGUUCCUACAGGCACUGAACGGGUUCCUGCUAAUAUUGACUUGCGACGGGGAAGUGUUCUUCGCUACCCACAGCAUAGAGAGUUACCUUGGCUUCCAUCAGUCUGACAUCGUCCAUCAGAGUGUCUACGAAUUGGUGCACAGCGAAGACCGGGAGGAACUGCAGCGGCAAUUAAUGUGGAACUCCUUCCUGCCCGCCGAAAGUGCGAACCUGCCGUUGCACGACGCACUCUCGCCCCAGCAUUGUCAUCUACUCGAGCGCAGCUUCACGGUCCGUUUCCGUUGUCUCCUGGACAAUACAUCCGGUUUUCUGCGUCUCGACAUCAGGGGCCGAGUGAAGGUGCUUCAUGGCCAGAACCGGAAGACGGAGGAGCCACCGUUGGCCCUGUUCGCUUUGUGCACACCGUUUGGACCUCCCUCGCUGCUGGAGGUACCGCAGAAGGAAGUAAUGUUCAAGAGCAAACACAAGUUGAAUCUCGCGCUUGUGACGAUGGACCAGAGAGGGAAGAUGCUUCUGGGUUACUCGGACGCGGAACUAACGAAUCUCGGUGGCUACACUCUAGUCCAUUAUGACGAUUUAGCCUACGUCGCCAGCGCGCAUCAAGAGUUGUUGAAAACCGGCGCAUCGGGCAUGAUAGCGUACAGAUUCCAGACGAAGGACGGCGGAUGGCAGUGGCUGCAGACUAGCUCUAGACUGGUCUAUAAAAACUCGAAACCGGACUUUGUGUUGAGCACCCAUCGACCUCUCAUGGAGGAGGAGGGUAGAGAUCUGCUCGGCAAACGCACCAUGGACUUCAAGGUGAGCUACCUGGACGCUGGACUGACCAACAGCUACUUCUCGGACAGCGACAGCCUGACGGGGUCGGUGAUGGCGCCCACGUUGCCCGCACAGCCAGCACCACAGCGAGUGAACAGGCGAUACAAGACGCAGCUGCGUGAUUUUCUGUCAACCUGCCGAAGCAAACGCACCAAGCUUGCUGCCCAGUCCUCGGUCUCGCCACCUGUGACACCCGCGGUUGCAUCCGUGGACUACCUCGCGGCGGACACCAGCGCAGCAGCCGCCGUCGCAGCAGCGUACAGCAACUUGAACACCAUGUACCCAACCCCAUACGCGCCCACGGCGGUGGCAGCCAGUACCGAUCCCUCCUUGACGACCUACAUCGGCCACACGGGAAAUUACCAUCAGACUUUGUACCCGGCGACCGCGUUAGACAACAGGUAUCUCACAGCUGCGACGGAGAAUCUGUUCCAGUACAGACCACUGGGCUCGUAUUACCCAGAAUACCACACCAGCACCGCUUACAACGGCUUCAUCGACGUGUCGCUGCCCACGUACGAGACCCAUCAGCUGACCAGCAAGACAGAGGACAAGCUCUACUGUCAGCAACUCGGCAGCGGCGAGUCACCCAAGUACAGCUACGUAGAGACGCGUCAUCCGGGCAGCGUAAGCGGUUCACCAUACGCCGCUAGUCCGGUGGCGAGUGCGUCGACGAUGCACCCGGCGACGACAGACAUGAACGUCGUGCGCGCCGGUAGCAGGCACUCGCUGGAGGGUGGCGCGUCGUCCAGCAAUUCCGCCGGCAGUUCACCAGUGACCGGGGGUGGCAGUGGCGGCGGCGGUAGCGCUGGGGCGGCGAACGGCGUACUCACGCCGAAGAUAGAAGACGUCAAGUCCGAAGGCUACAACAAUGAGGCACCACGGCAGACCGUGCUGAUGUGGGGCGCGCCUCCAUCACGCACCCCGCCCAGGAACAACGGCAGCUACAGCCCACCGACACCGCACUCGACGCACUCGUCGACGCACUCGGCCAAUGCUACCGGUGACCCGCUCAAGUCGUUGGCGGAGAUGAACACCAUGAACGGCGACUGCAAGUGGCGCCAGGCCUCGCCCACGGAUCAGCAAGUGACCGCGCCGAGCCCACCGAGAAACAACAAGACGCAGCAAUCCCAACAACAGCAGCAACAGCAGCAGCACCAUCAUCAACAACAGCAGCAUCAGCAAUAUCCGGUGACCACGUCGCAAUACCAGGCGGCUGCGGCAGCAGCUGCGGCUGCCGCCGCCGCCAGCAGCAUCGGUUACACGCACUCUCAUCCAGGCCACGGCGGGCACGGGGAAGCGGGCUCCGAGGUAUGGCAAGGAGUGCAACACCACCAUCACUACCAGUACUAUCCCUACCACCAUCACCACCCCGCACCACCAAGGCACACGCCCCAACCGUCCAUUUGGUUGCAGCACGCCACCGUCAGCUGCGGGAACGGGGACGGGGGUGGCGGCAGGCAUGGGCAUGGGCACCGGGGCGGACAACAGCACCAGCAACAGCAACGUCUUGUACCACCCUCCGCACCACCACCACGUGGUGGGAUCGUCAGUGGCGGCGGGAAUGGGCCCAACUGUCCCACAGAUUCCAAACCGGACGCCGGGAGUCCUCUGCUGUCCAUCUCUGAGGUGACUAACACCCUGCUCAACCAAUAGUCCCCUUGUGACCACGGCGUCGCUUUUCGUCAGUGAUGAAGAUAUCUCUGAGAAGAUGUCUUCGCCGGAGCGUCUCCCAAAACGCGUCACUGUACCAUACAGAUAAUGCCGAGUAAAAAGCAAAAUAAGGGUAUUCGUACAGUACUGUGUAAAAAAGGCAUACUCACUAUACAGAGCUAAUAACCAAUCUACUAUUACCUAACUUUCAUUGCAUUAAUUUAUCCGUAACGACACGUUAAGCGGAUGUUCUCGAGGAUUCGCAGUGUGAGUCUGUAUGAGGGGCAGCGAUCACUUGAGACAAUCUCUUGCGCGAUUUCGUUUAUUCGUCGCUGCGAUUGCUCGACGAGUAGCGACCGCAUUCGAUUGCAGAUCGGAGAUCUGCGUUAAAUGAAAAAACUUUCGCAGAAUCACUCCCGGUAGUUGGACAAUAUGAAUCUCGUCGCCAUCCUUGAAGGAUAGGAAAAUAUUUCGCUUUUACAGCUGCAAAUAUAUUCGUAUUGCUGUGUCGAUUUUCCUUUUGUUCUGCGAUAGAUUGCGAAACAUGCAAAAUAGAAUGGUGAUCACUGCCCAGACAUUGGAGCGAAAUGGGGUGAUGAACGACAUUCCUUUGAUAACCAAAAGCCGACGAACGGCAUUUACAUCUGAGAGCACAAAAUUCGUCACGUUUCGGUUGGAUCUCGACAAGCGCAACACACGCGACUUUAGUUCGUAACGAUCGUAGUUAACGAUGCGUCCGCGAAUUUGUACAAUUCUACCCACGACUAAUGCUUUCUUGUAUCCCGUGCUAUUGCGUUUGUACAAUUAUUAUUUGUUUCUUUUUCCAAAAGAGGAUAUGGAUUCUGUGAUAUGUGUUAGGUAAUUUAAACAAUCUUCUUCGGAGGGGAAGGCGUACUCGAGUGUAAUAUUUAUUGACGUAGAAUGUGGGCGAUAGGAGAUGAAACUUGUCGAGGAAUUGUGAAGGAUGCGAGCGAUAUAUCGAGGUACGAAUUACAGAAAUACAGAAACAUGUGUGCAAGAGGAUUAUUAAAACUCUAAGCAAAAAUCGGAAGCGGCGAAGUCUGAUUGAGAGGCCGAUUCUUGCAAGGACGUACGUUUUAAGGAUGCAUGAAGCGUAAGAAAAAUGUCUCGAACGAAUUAUUAAAACGGAAAGAUACGCGCUCUCAACAUUUCACAUUCCACGUUUAUUAAGCAAAGUUAUAUGCAUCGAAAUGGAAUUCCCGUUGUCGGGAGAAAUAAGGUAAACGUAAACGUAAAAUAAAUUCUCUUCCUUUUACGAGAAAAUAAUCUUCAUUCUGCCUAAAAAUCUUUUUCUAUAAAAAUCGCGACUCCAGCAUGUCACUAAACAUUUUAAAUAAACUCGCUGUUUCCCUGCGCGACUCUUGGCUUCCUGCAUAUUUAGUUCGAAUGAUAAUUCGCGAUAAUUAAUGGAAUGUUGGCAAUGAUUCAAAAAUAGGCGAUAUUCCCGUUUACAGUGGUUGAUUAAUUCUACUAUUUUCUACACAAAAAUUCGCUUAUAUUCUAUAAAUCAGUUUUACAAGGCGCAAGAUAAAACAUAUUCUGUUAUGCUAUUGGAGAAAAUUAUACAGAACCACAUUUGCAGCCGUGGAAACAAAUAUCAUAUCAAAUAUGUAUAAUUAUAAAUUAAUUUCUAUGAAAAGCGCUAAACAGUGGUAAAUUACGAUAUAUUAUAUGACAUAUAAUGUAACUAACAAUAAGCUAUUUCUGGAAGUUUGUUGGUUCUCAAUGGAUAAUAACGUUCUCGAUGCAAUUUUGUGCAGUUGCAACUGAUCGACUGUUGUAACGGGAAUCGACAUGAGAGCUAUGUGCUCCUUACAGUUAGCCUCCAGUUCUCUUUCGCGAAAGAAUCAUGUUAAGAUCGAUGGGAGAACAGAACGCGCGAAGCGAGCCACUUGUAGCCCGUUAAUUCGUCCGAAUCCCAGUCUUGCCAAUAUUUUGUUAAUAAGUUUGUAAUUUUUGUACUUAAUUAAUUUAUACGGAUUAUUUAUGUGUACGCGUAAUUCUCUCGUGUUUAGCGACGCUAGAUGGGCCUUCCAAUAAUUUUAAGUGCAUUCUCACUUGCAAAGUCGAGGAAGUCUCCGAGGACUCUCGUUGGACCGGAAGGGGAAAAUAUCCACGCGGACAAGAAUAAUUUUAUUGCGAGCACAAAGAGGUAAAAAGAAAGCUAUUUUAAAGUAACAUUGAUAGAAAGAGAGAGAGAGAGAGCUGCUGUUUCCACGCGCUUCUAAAAGAGCAACUUUGCAUAUCUACAAUCGCAUAUCAAAGUGGCGAUAGUAAUGUUAAAAAGAGAGAAAGAGAGAGAGAGAGCGAGAGCGAGAGCGAUAGAUAUUUAAAUAUUCUCUUCCAUAUUUCUCGAAUCAUCGCAUUAUUUAUUAACUGUAAUAUGUAAGACGUAUCAGGCGCGUCGCGCGCAAUGAUAACGUUAAGGAUAACAGGCGAAUUCCGUUUCCCACGCGUUUCAUUCUCGAUAACGCAUCGUACCUUUUUGUAUGUUCGUACGUACGAAACAUGUGUCUAUAUUUUAGCAAAAUCGAAGUGCCGGAUGCAGAAACCAUGGGCAAACAUUUAUUUCCCUCAACGAAUAAAUUGCACAUAAAUUAUAACAUUUUUAUGGGACACAUUUUAUUGAUCAACGCGAGGAAAUCGUGCAUCUUUUUUUUCUGGAUGAUGAAUAAAAUUAUAUUCACAGCGUAGAAGAGCCAGAUUUUUAAAAUAAAUUGCAUGGUAAUUUUAUUUACUUACAUGGUAAUAAAAGAUCCAAUAAAACAAAGUUUCGAGAUAUUUCGGACACUCUGAGUCGCUUUUCUGCCAAUGUCCGAGACGGUUUUGCACUUGUCCGAUGUCUCUGCAUUCCGAUCCUCGAUUAUCCGAAUGUACCACUCUACUUUGAUUGACCUUGCAACACAAACGCAGCUCAAGACGUCGAAACUGGUCACUAGCAAACGUGUUCUCGCCGUUUUGUCAUUGCACAUCGUUCAAUCUCGCAAUGUGAGUGUCCAGUUCAAAAAACAAUUUCUCAAGUAACGCGCAGAGAGUUUGCUUAGUUCGAAGCAAUCAUUUCUCGGUGGCCAAUUUUGAUUUAACUUCAUCUUGCUAAAGUCUUCCCGAUGUCUUCUUCUUCGUGUGCCCGCCAACAACGCGGCGCAGAUCGAGCACGCGGAAAUCUGAUCACUCGGAUUUCCCGAGAUAUGUUUCAAUUCUCUCCAGAACUAAAGUAACUUCGCAGACGUCUAUAAAGAUUCUUAGAAGAGGUGGAUCGAAUAACGAUUGCGAGUGCGUGAACAGACAUUGGCGACAAAAGGGAUCUUGGCGAGAUCAGCGCAAGAUCAGAGAGACACGCUGAUAGUAGCCCGUUUCGAGCCGAAAUCUUGUACAUCUAUACUUCUGACUUACUGUUGUAGCUUGCAAAAAAAAGGGAGGAUAUCCUCGUUUCUCUGCAAUAUCCUUAAACGAUAAGAAGCUACUAUUAUUAUUAUUCUAAUUAUUAUGAUUAUUAUUAUAAGUAAUCGAGUCUAGUCCAUACAUAAAAAAGUGAAUUAGCAACGAUAUGCUUAAAUUGUGAUAAUAUUCUCGCCGAGCUGAUGAUGCUGGAUUGACCGACAAUCUUAUCAAUUAUCACUGUAAUGUUCUCUCGGCGUGUGUAAAUGUAAGUGUAAGGAACGAUGAUACGUGCACCACCAUCCCUGAAUGGCAAGUAUUCGUCGACGAAGCGUAUCUCUCCGUGUACGUACGACGUGUCGACGUGCGAGGAUAUUUUGACGAUCUAAGCAUAAAUGUAUAUUCAUUGUAUAUUUGAGGUAAGGUAUCUAUAUUAAUAUACGAGAUUUAAAGAAAACGAGAAAGAGAGAGAGAGAGAGAGAGAGAAAGGUAGUUAAGUUAUCACAGUCGGUCCAGAUUUUCACGAGCAGCUGCGAAGACCGCGCGGGCCGAUGACGCGUAGCUUAUUUUCUAGCGAUUGUUCCGGAAGAAGAAAAAAAUUGCAAUCAGAGUGCGACAAUUAGCAGGCGAUUCUUCGUGAAGCGCACGAUAGAUGAGCGAGUACCUUACGAUACUCUUUGAAAAUUUCGAGCGAAUUUUGCGCGAGAUCGAUAGACAAACAGAUUUCCCAUGGAAAAUUGCAGUCUACAUUCGAAAUUACUCUCCUUUUUUUCGUUUUGUAAUGAUUGUUUUAUUCCGAGAUAAGACGGAAUAAAUCUUGAAUGAAUGAAGUGAAAUGAAUAAAUGAAUUGACUUGAAGUCUUUAUUAAUUGUAUUAAAUAUCAAAUUUGUUACAAAUUACAAGAAUAUAAUAUAUUGCUAUUCGUUCUUUCUCAUUUGCAUUUAAAUGACCAUAUGCAAUUUUAAUACAAGCAACAUUUAAAGGCGAUGUUUCUCGAACGAAGACAAAUUGAAGUAACAUAAAAUUUUGGAUAGAUUCCUCUUACAACAAUCGCUAGCUAAUUUUAACAAUGGAAGCUAUGUUCCGUUCUUCUUCGCACUGCGAUUUUAUUUCGUAACUUUAAAUAUAUCAAAGUCGAUUAACAGUUCCAUGCCAAACCGAAUUUUGAAGAUCUUGAUCACUCCAUCCAUUUUUCUCUGAUAUAUUAUAUUAUCCUAUAGGAUCUAGCUAUUAUUAACACCAUUGCUAAGGAUAAGUUCUACAAAUAAAAUUUUAAAACUGUAUCAAAUGUUUAUAUGAAAUAAAUUAUGAUAACGCAAUAA